UACAGCGCAAGUCCAACGUGUAGCGUUGUAAAUACAACCGUGUGAGAAUUUUUUGGACUACAAGUAUAUCAUUAGUAUUAGGUUAUGGCUCAAGGGAGGAAGAAGAACAAUGUACAGGUACCUGGAAAGAAAAGCAAAAAUAAGCUAUCUAAACAUCAACAAAAGAAAGCUCUUGGAAUGAAGAAAGGAGCUCGUCAGAUUGCACCAAAAAAAGCCAGAAAAAUUGAAGAAAUCAAGUUACAAAAGAAUUUAACCAAAGCAAUUGGCUGUAACAUUGAGAAGGAAAUUACAGCUAAAGCCAGCAUGAAUGAAGCGAAACCCUUCAAAGUUUUCCCUAAAAAGGGUGAAGGAGACCAGACGAAGAAGAAGAAGAAGUAGUAAGCUAUUGUAUACAAGCGAGUAGGGAACUUUGACCUUUCAUGUCAAUUGAGGAUCUGUUGAAAAUUUAAUCAUGCAGAGAGCUACUCAUCUUGUGAUCGGAUGCCAGCAAACCAGCUAGUAUGCAUUUUAUGUGCAACUUAGUAUGGGAUGCCUGUGUGGCAGGAGUCUUGGUGUACCAUUUAAAUGAUGGAAUCUUUAUAACUAUUGGAUGUACUUGUGAUACUGGGUGAAACUCUGAGGGUGCCGCAACAAGCAUUCUCAUUUUAAUUAAAUGAACGUGUGUCCUUGUGCAGACAAGAACAACUAAAAAACAAUACAAAUUAGUUUCUACAUAUUCUUUCCAUUUUGUCUGGCACAAAAUUUGCCACACUGGGUUUGCUUGUAAAAUACUAAUAGUAUAUAUGUUUGCUUAUAAUGUAGUACCCUAUAAACAUCUCAGAGAGCUGCUUGUGAAGCUAGAAGAGAAUCAGCUAUUAGAUGGUGUGAUUAGUCUUUCACCCUCUACUAACGUUUAGAUUGAUUUGCACAUCAGAAUCCUCUGGCUUCAUCCUAUUAGUGCAUAAUUCCCAAUGCAUACACUCCACCUUGUUAACUGAAAGGUCCACUGAUUAAUCUCAGAUAAGAUAGUAUAAUACAUACUCCAAGUAUCGAAAUGCACGCCAUCGUGUCGGGAUUCAAUAUUUCAACAUUAAUUAUGUCAUCAUCAGGAAUGAAAAAUUAUCCAUAUUUGCAAGCUUAUAUACACAAGUACCAAAAGUGUUUGACCAAUCAAAAUAUUACAAGUAGGUGACAUAGCUAUGAAUAAAGUAAAGAUCAAAGCAUUCUUAUUGUAUGUAGACGGGGCAAUAGGUAAUGUCCAUCUAACAAAUGAAUCCCACUUUGGCAAACUGACUGAUGCGGAGGAACCUAAGACUAUCACAUGAUGGAAUGCAGAGAAAGAAAGGACACAGUCAUAACAUUCCCUAUAUGACAUGUUAAGCUGUUGUUUCUUUGCAGCGGUGACGACGACUUUGGGGUUAAUGAUAGCAAGCAAGCAUGCUAAGAAAGAGUCUGAUUUUCUUGAAGUAGCACAUUUUGUUUAAAAACUCCAUUUUAUAAAAUUAUUAGUCGUUAAAAAAAGCUACUUUUAUAAAUAAUUGGAAUGGAAAAUCAUGUAAUAAAACAUGUCCGGAUAUAAAGUGAGAUGUGUUGAGAUUGUUCGGAAUCAACAAGUUGUUGUGGUAUUAUUAGUGAAAAAUCUUUACUUCCUCCACAUACCCACCCCUCCCUCACACACACACACACACAUUUACUACAAUUCACAACAGUACACAUUUUUUUUCUGAAUUAUUUAUUAUCAUCCUAAAGACAUAUUCAUCUAAAAUAACACCAGAAUCAGUGUCUGGUAUUAUAGAUUUAUAUAUUUUUCAAUCAAAUAUUGAUUAACAUUCUUGUGUACCACAAUCGUUAUUGCUACAUAAUGAGUUGUCUAAUUAAUUGCAAUGUAAAUCAGAAUCAGAACCUACUAUAUUAAAUGGAAGUCACGUGAUAUAAAUAUACCUGCUUGGACUCCUCACCAUGUUCUGUAUCUACACACUUCUUCACCAAAUACCAUAACCCUGUGUAUCUGUAAAUGCUUGUAUAAUAUAUACAUUAUACUAAUUUGCUGAAUAAUACUAUAAGAAAAAAAAUCCCAAACCCCCCCCCCCC